GCGCUGGGAGCUAGCAUGUCAGCCGCGGUCCUGGAGAACGGAGGCUCGGUCAGGAAACUCAGCGACUUUGGGCAGGAAACAAGCUAUAUUGAAGACAACUCCAAUCAAAAUGGUGCCAUAUCACUGAUCUUCUCACUCAAAGAAGAAGUUGGUGCACUGGCCAAAGUCUUACGUUUAUUUGAGGAGAAUGAUAUAAACCUGACCCACAUUGAAUCAAGACCUUCACGUUUAAAGAAAGAUGAGUAUGAAUUUUUCACGUAUCUGGAUAAACGCAGCAUGCCCGCUCUGGCAAACAUCAUCAGAAUCUUGAGGCAUGACAUUGGUGCCACUGUGCAUGAGCUUUCCCGGGAUAAGAAGAAAGACACAGUGCCCUGGUUCCCAAGAACCAUUCAAGAGCUCGACAAAUUUGCCAAUCAGAUUCUCAGCUAUGGAGCGGAACUGGAUGCAGACCACCCCGGCUUUAAAGAUCCUGUGUACCGAGCAAGACGGAAGCAAUUUGCUGACAUUGCCUACAACUAUCGACAUGGGCAACCCAUCCCUCGAGUGGAAUACACGGAGGAAGAAAAGAAAACAUGGGGGAUAGUGUUCAGAACCCUGAAGUCCUUGUACAAAACCCAUGCUUGCUACGAGCACAACCACAUUUUCCCACUUCUGGAAAAGUACUGUGGCUUCCGCGAAGAUAACAUUCCCCAGCUCGAAGAGGUUUCUCAAUUUCUGCAGACUUGUACUGGUUUCCGCCUCCGACCUGUGGCUGGCCUGCUUUCCUCUCGGGAUUUCUUGGGUGGCCUGGCCUUUCGAGUCUUCCACUGCACUCAGUACAUCAGACAUGGGUCCAAGCCCAUGUACACACCUGAACCUGACAUCUGCCAUGAGCUGUUGGGACAUGUACCCUUGUUUUCCGAUCGCAGCUUUGCCCAGUUUUCGCAGGAAAUCGGCCUCGCCUCUCUGGGUGCCCCUGACGAGUACAUUGAGAAACUCGCAACAAUUUACUGGUUUACUGUGGAGUUUGGGCUCUGCAAGCAAGGAGACUCCAUAAAGGCAUAUGGUGCUGGGCUCCUGUCAUCCUUCGGUGAAUUACAGUAUUGCUUGUCAGGCAAGCCAAAGCUCCUUCCUCUGGAACUGGAGAAGACCGCUCUCCAGCAGUACACAAUCACCGAGUUCCAGCCCCUGUAUUACGUGGCUGAGAGUUUUAACGAUGCCAAGGAGAAAGUGAGGAACUUUGCUGCAGUAAUCCCACGGCCCUUCUCAGUUCGUUAUGACCCAUACGCCCAGAGGAUUGAGGUCUUGGACAAUACCCAACAACUUAAGAUUUUGGCGGACUCCAUCAAUAGUGAAGUUGGAAUCCUUUGCAGUGCCCUCCAGAAAUUAAAGUGAAGCCAUGCACUGAACCUGAUCC